AUGCUUGAAGAACGUCGACCGCUGGUUGUGGGUGUUAUUGGCCCUGCGGGUUUUGGAGGCUCCUAUUUGUGCGUCGAGCUCAUCAAUCGUGGUCACCGUGUCAUUGGAAUAUCCCGUAAUCCACAAAAGCUUGGAAGCCAUGAACGUUACGAACCUCGAAACAUCGAUUUGGAACAAGCAACGGAAGCUGAUAUAUACGGGAUCAUCAAAGACCUUGACGUUGUUGUAAGCGAAUACGGGCCGCAUACCGGUGGUCAUCAAGCUCUGCAGUACAUGCCUUUCAUCGAGAUGAUACGAAAGAUUGUUCUUGCUGUCAAGCGCGCUGAAACCAACUACUUCGUAAUGGUUGGUGGUACUGGUAGCCUACACGUGCCCCACGAAGAUGGCAUAUGUGUGGCAGACAGCAAAGAUUUCUUCUUGGCAUAUCGACGCGGCAUAUCCGACAGCCAUGCACAUGUGACUUACAUGGAGGAGAGACUGGGACCGCUGGGAACAGCUUUGCGAGCAUACCGAGAUGCGCGCCUUUUGUUGAGAACGGGAGAUGGGAGCCAACAGAACGUAUCAAGGGCAAAAGCCACAAUCAGUGAAUACGAGGCAAAGAUCAAGGCGCAACAGGAUGCAGCAAGCGGAUUCAUCAAGGCAGCUCGGGCUAGCCUGUUGUUCUUCGAGGGAAAUACCUCCUUCAAUUGGACUUAUGUCUCCCCGAGUGCGUUAUACCGUCCGGGUAAACGCACAGGCAACUACAACGUUACACUGGGAAACCUGCCGCUGAAGGACGGUCCCAAGGGCGAAAGCCCCUUGGAUGGAAGACUCCUGGGAAUUUCAGCUGCUGAUCUUGCGAUCGCCAUCGCUGACGAUAUUGAGACGCAACGAUUAAAACAUCAGCAUUGGCCUGCCACAGCCGACUUAUCAGAUGACACACCAACCCCAUCCUAUGUAACUAUCAAGACAUGA